AUGGACGACGAAAAACAAGAGAAUCAAAAAGCAAAUUCACGAAGGAGUAAUCCCUCGACGAUAAGGCUCACCGCCGAAGACAUUCAGUACCUAUGCGAGCCCGAAUAUUACGACUGGAUGGUCGCGACGGGACGCAUUCCAGAAUUGCAGAGUUCCAAGUCCGAAGAUGGUAUAGAGAAUUCGCGGACAGGCUCUUCUCCCGAUUCCGGCAGUGAUCACUUGGUCCAAGAAAAGCCACAAAAAAGAAGACGCUCGACAGCGGUUGUUGAAAACAUCAGAGAUGUCUUUAGACAAGGCUCCGGUUGGCAGAUCUAUUGA